CUUUCGACCAGGAGGAGCGGAGCCUGAGGGAGAGCGAACGGAGCAGGCACCAACUGUGCAACACGGCUCUUGGAGAGUGUGCACCACUGUGCGUGGUGCCCAUUGGAGAGCGUGCACCCCUGAGCAUGCACCGCUGGGCACAGCGCCCUGCGGUGAGCGCACGUGGCUGAGCGUUGGCUGCCACGCACAGCACCCACUGAAGACCUCCGAACACAGAGGAGCAGGUGCCGUCCUGGGACACACAUCAUGGGCAACUGUAUCCCGGUGAGCCCUAGAGUCCUAGAGAGCGAAAACUCCCUGGACCUGCUGGAGAUCAUGAGCAACUUCUCCUAUGAUGACAGUAACGUGACCUUCCUGGACUACGACGCUGCGCCUUGCCACAACCAGUACUGUCCCCUCUUCCAGCGCAUAGCCCCCACCUUCCUGGCCAUCACCUGUGCCACAGCCAUCCUGGGCACUGGGGCACUGCUGGUGGCACUGGCCAAGCGGCCUCAUGCUUGGUGCUGGCCCCAGAGCCGAGCGCUGGUGGCCCAGCUGGCAGUGGGGACGGGUCUCUUUGCCGCCCUGCUGCCGCCGGUGGCAGUAGGCAUCAGGCAGGGCUGGCGACUGGGCACAGGGCUGUGCAGGCUCACCCACCUGCUGUGGUACUGGAGCCUCUUCGCGCAGGGGCUGCUGGUGGGCAGCGGCUCCUGCAGCACCGCCUGGUGUCGCUGGGAUGCCCGGAGCCAGCGGCUGGCUGUGGCCAUGUGGGCCGGGGCACUGCUGCUAGCAACGCCAGCAGCUCUCGCCAGUGGCACGGUGGCAGCCGCGGAGACGAGCUGCCUCCGCCGGAGCGUGGACAUCCUCUCCCCAGUGUACCUGCUGCACCUCGCCCUCUGCUUCUGCCUCUUCCUGCUGCUGCCAGCAGCACUGCUGGUGGCCACGCUGGCUGUGCCGUGGCUGAGGUCAGGCUGGAAGCUAGGCAUCAGCGCGAGCUGGCUCUUCUUUGGGCUCUGGGUGCCUUAUGGCAUGGGGCUGGCCGUGGAUUUCCUCCUGCACGCCCAGCUGCUGCAGCCCACCUGUGGCACCUUUGAGCACUUUGACUACGUGCUGGGGCUGAGCGAGGGGCUGGGGGUGCUGCACUGCUGCCUGGGGCCCGCAGCACUGCUCGCUGCCUGGCUCUGCCGCCGCAGGGCAGGUGCCAGUGGCAGCGGCUGAGCUCCUGGAGCUGCAGCCGCAGGCCUCAUGCUAGCCCCUGGCACCCCGGCCCCCAGCACAGUCCCCUCUCCCCACAGUGUCCGCACCAGCCCCCCAGCUUCUGCCACACAGGCAACGCUCCCCCAGGACCCAGGAGAGAGCAACACGGGCCCAUUAUGUGCCAGGCUUGGUGCCACUCCUCCCUCCAUCCUCUUCCUUGGGGUCUCAGCCCCACUGUUUGCGGCCAGACACCCCAAUUUGCUCACAGGAGAGAGCCCUGGGGUGCCUCAAGCAUCUCCCCAAGCCCCCGGGGGUUGUCAGCCCCAGGCUCCUGCACACCUCUGGGGACCCCCAAGGCUCAACCCCCGCCUACCCAGCUCCACCGGGAGAUUUCAGCAGGCAGAAAGGGCAGUGGUGAUGUGAAGCGACGGGGGAUUUUUCACUCCCUCCUGACAAGCCGAGAUAAGAGUCAUGUCCGAGAUCAGCCAGUGGGAAUUACAUACAAUAUAUACGUCUGUCAGAGCCGCUCACCAAGCUCAGUUAAUGGCAGGGGCCGGGAGGUGCGGGAGGGGCACGGGGGCUGACAUCUAUCACCUUUGGCCAGGCUCCCGCAGGCCGAGGGAUGGGAAGUGGGAGGUGGUUCUCUUCAUGCCUCCAAAUUAGCAGGAAGUGUUCAUAAUGAAGUUCUGCAGUCUAUGAGCGGGAAGUGGGGUGAUUUAUAUCCAGCGCUGGAGGCGUCUGAGCCAUGGUCCACAAGAGAUGGCUGCAUGCAGUCACAAGGCACACAGGAUGCGAAAUGGGUGUGGCUGGAGAGCUGGAGGGGGGGCGAUGAAGGGGCAUAAGCCUGCGGCCAGGACCUGCCCCCCCGCGGGGUCCAGGGCCUGGCAUAGCAGCGCACAAGGAGACGCCCCGGCUGAGCCAAGCCCUGAGGUUCCUGGAGGCUCAUCCCUGGUAAAUUCAGGGACAGACUCAGUGGGGAACAAGCCCACAUUUUCUUCCAAAAAGGGGGUGGCCACCCACAGCUGAGAGCAUCUCGCUGUUGCCCUGCCACCUAUCUCCCCCAGCAUACCCAGGCAACGGCCCCACAUCCCCAGCCCAGACCCCCUGACCAGCACCAUCAUUACGGAGCCCCGAGCAGACAAAAUCCUCCCCCUUCCCAACCAGUCUACACACGGGUGGGGGCCACAGCAUGCAGUGCGCCAGCCCCAUCUGCUCGCAGGACACAUGGACGCUCUCAGAGGAUGCCCAGACCAUGGACACCCUCGUAGGACACCAGACCCUUGGCCACUCAGCUUUGCUGCGGUUUCUUCUGCCACCUGGUGCCCACGGCUCUGGCUUCAGGCUCCGUCCCUUUGGCCAG